GCGCGUAAAUGAAAUGUGGAAAACUAAAUCAAAGGAAUGGUAAAUUAAAUUAUGUAGUAUAAAUUAUAUAAGGAAUAAUGAAUGAAGAGAAGCUGAAAUGCAGGGAGGAGUUUGUUUCCGGUGACAGUGUGCGUAACUAGGCAACAGCGUUCUCUUCCGUUACAUGACGCGCAUACUCUUUUGCUACACACUCAAAAGUAUGUACUUUUUCUUCACAGAAAGAGCCCAUACUUUAGUGCUUGUAUGAGUAGGCGAAUUGAGACGCAGCAAGAGUUUAGGAUAAACCGGAAGUAAAUCAUGUCUAAGCGAUGUUGCAUGGAAAUGAAUGGGUUCUGUAGUGUUAAGAUCACUUUUUUGUAUUAUAAAAAUCCCCAGUGUUAAAGGAUAAUUAGGAAUUCUCCAUGGAGCAUUUUGAGCAGGAUUUAGUUGAGGCUCUGAGAGAUGUUGUGAAAGCUGGGAGCUGGCAGUGUGUCGGAGAAGCAGCCAAGUUCAAGGCACCGUGCACCAAGUUGUACUCUGAGGAUGGAGAGCAUAUCGUCCUUGUGCGAACAGAAGACGGACGGUUUUGGGCGAUGGAUUCCUCCUGCCCACAUGAAGGAGGUCCACUUGACCAAGGAGACAUCGAGGACCUUGGAGACGGCAAACUGGCACUAAUAUGCCCGUGGCACUAUUUUGAUUUUAGCCUGGAGACAGGUUCGUCCUCCACAGGCCUGCAGAAUCAAGUCUACGAUGUCAGAAUAGUGGAUGGAAAACUGUAUAUAAAUACUCAAAGUAGCUUGUCUCUGUAUCCAGUCCCUGUCACAAAAAAGGCAACCCGAGAUGCCUUAUUACCCACGGAAACAAAAUUAGACUCAUCAGAAAAUACACUCUGCUUCUGGGCCAGGAAAAUCCUCUGUACUCCAGACCCACUAGAAAAGGUGGCUUUGACUAAGAAAGUGCAGAGCUGGUGGGACACUGGGGAAAUAACCGAGAUUGGUGAGUGUGCACCACCAGCUCAGCCUAGCAGGAUAGAUAGUCUGACUGUGGUGGAGCCGGGCAAAAUCAAACGUGGCAAAGGAGGCACACAGGCAAGCAGAAUUGCUUUGCUUCAUUCUCUGGCUAACAUAGAGCAGUGGGCUAUUGACCUCUCAUGGGACAUCAUUGCUCGAUUCUCUACAGUCAAGCUGAGCUCCGGAGACUCGCUGCCACGAGAGUUCUUCAGCGACUUUGUCAAAGUAGCCGGCGAUGAAGCUAAGCAUUAUGAAUUAUUAGAGCAAAGGAUCAAGGAGCUUGGCACCUCUUUUGGUGCUCUUCCAGUACACAAUGGUUUGUGGCAAUCAGCAGCAGAAACUUCACAUGACCUUCUGGCUAGGCUGGCUAUAGUACACAUGGUCCAUGAGGCUAGGGGCUUAGACGUGCACCCUCAGACACUGUCCCGCUUUGCAGCGCAAGGAGACACAAGCUCAGUAAAGAUCCUGGAGGUGAUUUAUGCUGAUGAGAUAACACACGUGGCUGCAGGACUCCGAUGGUUCACUUACAUUUGUUCCAAGGAGGAACGGGAUUGCCUGGCAACAUUCCAUGACUUGGUUAAAUUGCAUUUCAAAGGUUAUUUGAAGCCUCCAUUCAACAUAGAGGGAAGGAAGACAGCAGGGAUGACAGAAGAGUGGUAUGUUCCACUUGUUAAACCCGCCAGCUGACUGAAGAUCUCCUGCAACAUUUCUAUGAAGAUAAGCUGCUAUUCUUGCACCAGUGUACACACAGUCUGCCAGUAUCGAUAUCUCCAUUACAGUAAACAUGGUUUACCAGUUUUUAGUUUCUGUUUGCUGUUGUGAAGUGGUUAUUUGUACAGAAAAAAGUAUUGCUUCUACGUACAAUUAGUUUUAUUAUUUGAAAUUUUAAUGCCGUGCUAAUUGGUAAGUUGUCAUAGCAUAAUCAUUUAUUGUAAGGAAGUCUAAUGCAUUUCUUGGUAAUUCAAGAACAAAUAAAAAAUUAUAUCAUGGGGUCCAAAAGUCUGAGACCAUUAGUGAAAAUGCUUCUAUUUUACAUUUGGUGCAUUUGGCUUCUAUUUUGCAACAUGGUAAAAUCACAAAUUUGUAUAAUUUAAUUUACACAUUGACAUAGUGCAGAAUCUUGAAAUCCUGAAUAUUUAAGAUGUUAAACAUUUCCUUUCUUUUUUCAUUUUUUGUCAGAAUUCUAAAACAUAUUGUUUAUUUCCAGUUUAAAAUAAAAAAGAAAAUCGUAGAUUUUAAAAAUGGUCUCAGACUUUUGAACCCCACUGUGUGUGUUUGUGUGUGUGUGUGUGUAUAUAUAUAUUAUAUAUACACACACACGCACACAUACAUACAUACAUGUGUUUGCAUUUGUUAUAUGCAAGGCACCAUAUUUAAUAUUGUCCAAUAAAUACUAUACACUCAA